AUGUUCCCCCAUUCCCCCCUCACGCCACCACAGAUAAUCCAACGACAUUCGGAAUCGGAAUCAGAGUCUGGAGCGAACACGACGGCGAAUCCGGACAAGGUCCUGCGUAAAUACUAUACCGCGAACUACCCGAAUCAAGUCGGCUACAUUCUCCUGGCGUUCAUCGUCUUCCUUGGACUCAUUCGUCUGGGCACUUUUCUGGGGAAUUAUCUGGGUCGCGGGGGGCUGUCAAUUACGAACGCGAAGGAGAAUGAGAAUUAUGAGCCUAUUGCGGCGGAUGUACCGCAGAGAACAAGAACGGGCCCACCGCUCAGAGGCAGUGGGUUGAGGUGGAGGAGGAUUCAUUUGGCGGUGUUGAAUGCGUAUCGGGCGAUCGCGUUCAGGACGGUGGUGCGGUUUCCUAUGCUUAGGGGCAGCGGUGCUAGUGGUGCUGGCGGAGGCGGAUACGAGAUGAAUGUGGCGGAGGUGGUGUUGACGGUGGCCUACCUGUUCAUCUUGUUCAGGUGGUCUUUCGCACAUACUACGAAUACGAGCGGACAAAUGCUCGACCCAAGAUAUUAUGCGAAUCGGGCGGGAAAGAUAGCGGCGUUGCAAGUGCCGCUUGUCGUUGCGCUGUCCAUGAAGAAUAAUAUUUUGUCGUUGGUGACUGGUGUCGGGUUCGACAAGUUGAAUUAUCUUCACCGGAUGAUGUCGAGGAGUGUAUUUGUUUUGUUGUUCAUACAUAUGAUCGGGAGGGUGAGUGAACGUAAAUCUUACCGACUGAAGAAGGGGAACUCCUUGGGCAACAGUUGGAUGCUCUGGGGGAUGUUCGCUCUCAUCGCAUUGGGAUUGCUUUGUGUCGGAUCAAUUCGGGCAGCGCGCGCCUACAACUACGAGUCUUUCCUGGUGCUACAUUUUUGCAUGGUGCUUGUCUUCCUUCUUGGCGGAUACUUCCAUACGCUUUAUUACGGUCAUGACCUCUACAUCUGGCCCUCCUUCGUCCUCUGGGCCCUCGACCGUCUCGUCCGCACGUUUCGCCUGAUCAUCUUCAACCACUCCUACUUCGGCUUCACCUCCGGCGUCGGCACCUUCAACGCCACGGCCGAAGUCGCCGCACCAGACUUCGUGCGCCUCACCCUCCGUCGUCUGAACCACCUCAGAUGGUCUCCGGGGCAGUUGGUCUAUCUUACUAUGCCUGGGGUCUCGUUGUUUCCGUUCGAGUCGCAUCCUUUUACGAUCGCUAAUGCGGAUGUGAGAGGUGCACAUGGGCGCAAGGCGCGAGAGGAGGUGGAGGCUUUGGAUGUGUCACAGGAAGAGGUGGAAGGAGAUGGGAAGGAUUUGGUGCUCCUGGUGAAUGCGAAGCAGGGUUUCACGAGGCGGUUGUGGCAUAUGGCGAAGAGACGAGAGUCUUUGAUGGUUUUCUUGGACGGUCCGUAUGGAAUGCCCCCGCGAAUCGAGAGUUGUAGUACGGUUGUGUUCAUCGCCGGCGGCUCCGGAGUGACAUUCACCAAUCCUCUGUUCGUGGACCUUAUGCAUCGCGCACGAGAAGAUCCUUCGAUUUGCCAACACGUACUAUUCAUCUGGUCUAUUCGUCACCCAGACCACAUGAACCUCAUCUCUGACGACCUCCAGAACACCCUUCGCGAUAUCCCUCCAUCGCUCAAGUUGGAAAUUCGUGUUUUCAUCACUUCAUCCUCGCAUCCACUACCAUCCUUACAUAUUCAUCAAGCCACGACUGUAAACGACAUCGAUGAAGCCUCACCAUCUUCAUCACGAAGUCAUAGUGAACAAGACGAAAUCGGUGUCGAGGGCCGUGACGGUGAGGGCGGGGGUACAGUCGAGGUGGAGGAUGGGGAUGAAGAGGAAGACGUGGGCGGAGUUGACGAGCGCGAGAAGCUGUUCAAGCCCGCUCAUAGAGGCACAAGUUUGGGGCCCAUGGAUACAUCUAGUGGUGUGGUUGAAAUCCAAGCUGGUAGACCGGAUAUCGAAACCCUCUUGACCGAUGCCGCUCUCGCCACUGGUAGCGGAUCGAUGUCCGUCAACGUUUGUGGCCCACCAAGUCUCGCGGAUCGCGUUCGGCGGCAUCUUCGCUCGUCGGAGUUCGGUCCUUUGGCGGUGUUGAAGGGAGGUCCGAGUGUAGACUUGUAUAUUGAGGCAUUUAACUUUGCGGCAAGUGGCUUUUCGUGA